GUUAGUACUAAUAAUUCUUUGCCACCAUCAUCAUCAUCUUCAAAACCCAAUCAACAACGAUGUCCGAAAAUCCGCUUCAGCUUCUCUUCCAAGCGUUUGGCAAAGUAUCGGAGUGUGUCCAGACUCAUCUCUCCCUCUUCAUUCUACCCUCCACUGGAUCAUCACUCUCGCUCACCGCUAACCGGAGUCCGCUUGUUUCUCCGUCGACGCCCGACUUUCAUCUUCUCCAACCGGCGGAAAUUCUUCAAAAGGCAAACUCUUCCGGUCCAACAACAAAAGAGGAACUUGGAAGAGCUACAUGGACUUUUCUUCACACUCUAGCCGCUCAGUAUCCAGAUAAGCCAACCAGGCAACAGAGGAAGGAUGUAAAAGAACUGAUGGCAAUAUUAUCUCGCAUGUAUCCUUGUAAGGAAUGUGCUGAUCACUUUAAAGAAGUUAUAAGAGCAAACCCUGUACAGGCUGGUUCACAUCAUGAGUUCUCCCAGUGGUUAUGUCAUGUGCAUAAUGUGGUUAACAGAAGCCUAGGCAAGCCUGUAUUUCCGUGCGAACGAGUGGAUGCACGAUGGGGCAAGUUAGAAUGUGAGCGGCGGGAAUGUGAUCUACAAGGGCCUUUGAUGGAUUUUGGUGAUGAAGCAAAAUGAAGAAGUUGUACCAUAUAGGAUCUUCUUUGUGCCUAAUUUUGCUCAAAUGAAUGAAUUACAUGAAAUGUUUGUUUUUUUUAUGAAGCAAAAGGAUCAAUUUUUUGGUAUAUAUCUGUUUGAUUGUGAGAUGACUGUUGGAACAAAGACAAGAGUUUGCCAUAAUGAUUCAGCUCAACAGAUCAAAGGUACAUCGGAAAUAAGGUAUUGGAAUCUAAUUAACUGAAUUAUGGUACAAUUUUAGUAUCCAAAAUUAUUAUUGUAUCUCAAUCUUCUUUUAAUUUAAUGUUUAAAUUAUUUUAUUUUUACUUAUUAGUUGCAUAAUGAAAGAUAAGAGAAAUUGGCCCGAAAAGAAGAGGAAAAAAGAAAAAGAAAAAGAAAGGUUGACCACAAGACAUAUCUGAAAAGACAUGAAUACCCUUAAUCGCCUCUUGUAAUCUCAAAAUCAGCAUUAGGGUUUUGCAGCUGCUACAUAUAUAUUCACUUCGCGCUGCUACUAUCCAAAACCUUCAGAAGUAUCUGGGAUUAGGGCUUUCACUUAUAUUCAUCGGCGAACUUGGUUGAGUUGAAAGAGGAAGAUGGGGCACUCCAACAUCUGGAAUUCUCACCCUAAAAACUACGGCCCUGGAUCUCGCACCUGCCGUGUCUGUGGGAACCCCCAUGGAUUGAUUAGAAAAUAUGGUCUGAUGUGCUGCAGACAGUGCUUCCGCAGCAACGCAAAAGAGAUUGGCUUUAUUAAGUAUCGCUAAGCUGUGGAUGACAGUACUAUUACAACCUUGAAGAGGAUUGUUUUGGUUUUUCCGAUGUCGGAUACCUAGAAGAUGAUAGUUCACAUUUCCAUUCAUCUUGCACAUCUUUUCUUAGAAACAGAUGUAAUGAGAAUGAUUCUUCCAAUCUAUGAUUGAACUCUUAUUUGGUUUCUG